AUGCACAUCAACAAAGUUCCACCUAAGACAAAACAAGGAGAUAUUACACUACAAAAUCUUCCUCUUCAAGAUCUUAAACCAGAUCCAGAAGACUCAGAAGCUUUGCAAGCUCAGCAUUCAGCUUCUAAGUCACCAGUUGUUUCUUCAUAUGAAUCAGAGGAGAGUGGAGAUGCUAAAUUAAAUACUUCGUCAAAGAAGUGGGACGAAGAAGAAUCAAGGAAAGUAAAAUCUUACGAAGAAAAGAAGCUGAAGGAGAAUAUAUACCUGAUCAUGUGGAACCUCAUCUCUGGAUUUCUAAUCAUCGCCCCCAAGGGUUUAGAGGUCGCCGAAACAUCUCUGGCAAGCAAGCGUCGUUCUUCCGCUUUUCCUCGAAUUUUUCUUUCUUUCUCGUUAUUAUCACGAUAUAGAGAAGAUGAUGAAGGGUGA